AUGGCAGAUAGUCAAUUAUCCAAUCUUUCUACACCCCCAGCAUGUAUCGCAGACUUCUGCCUCAUACCGCUGGGCACACCCACCGCAUCCGUGUCUAAAGAGGUCUCUCAAGUUCAGCGACUACUCAAGAAGAGCGGCCUUGUCUAUCACAUGCAUUCAGCUGGAACGACGGUCGAGGGUCCUUGGGACGAUGUCAUGCGCGUGAUCGGCCAAGCACACACGCUACUUCACGAAAAUGGAGUCGUCAGAAUCCAGAGCGAUAUCAGGGUCGGAUCAAGGACAGACAAGAAGCAGACAGCAGAGGACAAGGUUGCUGCAGUCAACGCCAUCUUGGACAAGGACGAGUAG